UUAUUAUUUAAAUUAUGGACAGACAAUAGAGGAUCAGUAGCUUCAAUAGUGUACAUGGUACUUCCCUAACAACAUCCGCUAGUUUUACAUAUCCCGCGAGAACGAUUUUCAAAAUGGCGUCCACCAUGGGAAAAACAUCAGAAAAAGAGUCUAUCAUCGUAAGAUUUUGUACUUUUUGYAACAACUCCACAAAUGGUUUCGACAAGUGGUUGUAUGUCCGUGAACAGGCAAAGAGUCCUUUUUUCCCAAUACUUGGGAAGAUUCGAGGACAAGAGACUGUGUAUGAUGAUUCUGGAAAAGCCUUAGUUUGCAUAGCUUGUUUUCAUCAUUUGUUAAGACAGUGGAGUAGCUUCGAUCGUCGUCGUGUGCCUCUGCAGAAACGGGAGUACACUCUCAUUGCAGAGGAGAAGCUCUCAAACUUCCAAGUACGACGAGAAGAGGAGAUWCGAAAGGAAGCCGAACUCAAACUCAAACAAAUUAAACUUCGAGAGGAUAGAAUCAAGAAAGAAGCGCAGGAYAGGUUAGAAUUACACCGACGACGCGAGCAGCAAAUCAGGGAAGAAGCUGAGAAACGUCUUUUUCAAGAAGGUGAAGAACUAGAAAAGAUCAAAGAAGAAACUGAGAARCGACUUAGAGGAGAAAGAGAACAAGAAGAGAAGCUYAGGUKGUCMCUAGARGAGGAUAUUCGAGAAGAAAAGCAAAAAGGCGAGUACAUAAGAAGAGAGGCAGAGAGACUUCUSAGAGAAGAAAAACUUCUAAGCUCAAAUCAGAUCUCACCAAACGUUCGAACUGAAUUUCUGAUUCAGUCACCACAAGGAAGAGCCUAUGACAACUACUCUCAUUCCAACCAAGAAGCAGAUCUCAACAUGAAUCGAUCACGUUCCAAGAAGAUGGAGUACGACCCAGAAACUGGGUGCUAUCGUAGGAUUGUUCCUUUAGAUUUCGAAGAGCAGAAAGUGGAGGAUAUUGUUCAGAACGAAAUGAAGAAAUCUGAGGUGAAGAUGAAACUGCGAUCCGACCAGCCUUCAUGGAGGCGYGCGGAGGAAAAAGAGAAAGGUUCYACACCAGAUUCAUCGCUAGAGGAUCUAACUCUGUCCAAGACAGACGGUGACAGCAUCCCACAUUACUURUCGGGAGACGAUAUACAAACUGAGUAUAAAUUUACCACGAAAGAAGAAACGACUGUAGAAUCAAGCCCAACAGAGAAAAAUAGUGAAUUUGAAGAAGAAGAAAUCAGAAAAGCUGGCGAAGCAAUGAAAGCAAAAUUCGAUGAAGACAGAAAAAAGUUUGAACGCGAUUCAGAUGAUGUUACCAUGACUGAACGAAGUAAAAGAUCGUACGAGCGUCGGCGCCGAUCAGACGAUGAUCCUGACAGCAAAAAGGCGCGCGAWGAUACAAAAGAACGAUCGAUGUCACUGGAGAAGAAGAUCAAAGACAUGGAAGAGCGUCGUGCGAGAAUGCUCAGACGUUCCUCGGGCGAGAACGUGGAUGAUACCGUAAAGAUAACGAGAACCGUUACAACUGAAACCUCYUCAARUGCCUUCAAUGACGACAAGGAUGAUUCAAGAAGUAGAAGAGCAAGGAUGCGCGARGAGCGCAACAGRAGGCGAUUAGCUUCCGAAGGAAUAGACACCAAGCCAACAAAGAGUGCAGGCGUGAAGUUAGAAYUACGAGGGUCAGGAUUUGGUUCAAGUGACGUAUACAUGGGUGGAGAUGAUGCUUCAGAUAUCACAUUUACAGAGAAGAAGCCAUCUUCAGACAAGAAAGAUUCAAGUGAAGAGACGACAACGACCAAAACGACCAAAACCAUCUCUCUUUCUGGAUCACUGUUGGAUGAGCCAAAUGUUUGGACCCCUGCCACAAAAUCGGAUGAUACCGAAAUUGCAUUCUCAGCCAAACGGCCGACAGAAAAGGAUAACGACGCAAAUAAACAAUCGAAGCCAAGCAGAAAUCUCGUAGAAGAGCAAGAAGUCAAASUAGAURAGUCUGAACCAGUUCAUAGUCAAUUUYCAGGUUUGGACUUAAUGCGCGAUGAACCAGACGACAUCGUGUUCACCGUUAAGAAAACCACAGUUACUAAUACAGUUGAGAGCACAGACGACCCYGGGAAGUCGAUAUCAAAACAGAUAACAUUAGAACAACGUUCGCUGGACCCUAAGACGGAUCUCAUUACUUGGGACGAGGAUGUUGUCGACGCCGGAAAUGGGCCUAUAUUUAAAGACGCCGAGCCUGAAAAGAAGCYAAGAACAGUCGAACCUGAGUUGGACAACAGCGACAUUAAACCRGUCAAAAAGCCACGUCAAAGACUCAACGAAUUUAGUGACUCUAAAACGGAYACAAAACCAGUMAAGAAACCACGAGAACGCMUCUUGGAGACAACAGAUUACCAGGGWUCCUUGGCAAGAGCRGAGCGCAGUCAGGAGCGACGAGGCAAGGAGCAGAUCAUAAUUGAUGAUACAGAUGGGUACAARGGCUCUCUUGACCGUGGUGGUAUCAACCGCAUUGGUUCAUUCAACAAAGGAAGAAAUGAUCUCCCUCCAGUUAUACUGCAUGACAUUGAGUCAGAUAUACAUGUCGAGCAGCCUACUUUGGAACCACGAAGAGAGYUACCAGCCGAGAGAACUUCACCCGAACCGAGUCCAAUUAAGGAAGUGGUAGCACCCGUUCCAAUCCCGCGUUAUCAAGAAAAAUCUACGGACGAUGARCGAAGAAAAAGACAACUCGAAAUCGAAGAAAAACAAAGGCAGAUCAUGGAAAAGCAGAAACGCGCAAGCGUGAAGCGACGSGAGAAGCCUGAAUCUUAUGGCAAUGAAGAACGAUCUCGUCCMCAGUCUUCUGAUGACGUUGAGGAUUUAAAAGAAAAAAGACGCUCGCUUCUGAUGAUGUGGGAAUCAUACGCAGAAGGAGAGGGGCCUGGGCCUGAGAACAAGCAAGAGGACCAACCAAGGCGUACUUCCUUCGGUUACGACAAGAUGAUGAUGGAAGCAGUUGAGUCUGACCCAAGUGCUGUUAAUUCAACUGGAAUUGCAGGGACGAUGGAUAUGGAAGAUGAGAAUGAAGAACAGCGAACUCCAUUGGUAGACGUWGAUGAACACCACAAAUUGAAUGAUGACGAGCUUAAAUGGGAACGAGCUGGUCAAUUCCAGCCUGGUCGUUUAAAAACCAAGUUCCACGACGUAGAGCAAGACGAGCCAAGCGCUGAUAACAUAGURUUUGAAACCAAGAAGUCGUGGAAGAGUUUGAACAAUAACAAUGCCGAAGAAACGACACCGAACUAUGUUGUUGAACAGCGCUACAACUACCAGGCACCRGAUGACAUCAGCUACAGUGAGUCUAGCGAGUUGGAGAGUGCACCCAAGCGCGGAUUAUGGGAUAAUGUAGAAGACCAAACAACUCAUAAAGAUGACGAUGACGAGGAAGAUCAAAGAAAACCCAUUGUUGAUGUUGAUGAAAGAAAUCGCAUGACAGAAGAAGAGGCAAGGUGGGAAAGAGCAGGACACUUUCAACCUGGAAAGAUUAAYACAUCUAUCUUUGAAGGGGGAARGAAGACGGUCGAAAAUGAAAGAGAAGGUCCACAGAAGUGGCGUAAAAGUGAAUCAAGCCGCUACGAGCAGAUUAAAAAAAUCCAACGGACUGAUUCCAAGAAGGAAAUGCUUGUCCCUAAAAAAGUAGAGCUGCAMGCGUCGGAUAAUGAAGAUGUGGAAGAACAGGAUGAAGAUGAACAUUUUGAAAUUGGAAAAAUCGACAAGUCAAGCUUAAUUUACGAAACCAUGUCARACGAAGAGCGACAAAGACGAGAACGAGAAGAGCGAAAUCGUCGAGAAAUGGAAGAAAUUGAGCGCGCUAGAGAGGAAGAACGACGUCGUCGUGAAAAAGAAGACCGCGAAGUCGUUUCAACAAUUAACACUUUUGAAGACGAUGAGUUUGAUGCCAAGGUCAAGGCUAAGARCGUCAACAAGAUUGAUUUAACAAGAUUCGUUGGCUUCMAAAAGACUGARGAAACUGUGCAAGAACCUAGACCGGUCUCCAAGGUCUUAACAAAACGUACUUCAAGAGAAAGAGUUGAUAUCAAGAAUGUUGAAACAGUCGAAUCAGCUCCUGCGACAGCCGAAGAAGAUCUAUUUGAAGUUAAGGUAAGAGAAAGGGCCGUAGGCAAAUUAAACCUUGGCUCAAGCCCUUUUAUACRGCGUAAUACAUCUGGUACUAAACCGUCGAAUAAAGAUGCUGAGGACAUUGUGCUUCAGGCAGUGACACUGGAAGAGUCUKYCCCGCCCUUGGAAGGGAAAAAUCAGGAUCUUAAUACUAGCGUCAGAACUGUCAAUAAACUAGAUAAGAGUCGCUUCCCGUUUUCAGCCGAUGAAACRCGCYCCGAACAACCUUCGAAAGAUGACUUUAUGUCACCUAACGUUGGUCGCCAAACGCCUGUUUCGGACAACAGGAAGAUAAAUCGUGAACGUGAAAUGCGUGAAUGGGAAAAAAGCCUUCAACUCGAACGCGAGCAGAUAGAACACGUUAAAAAWGUCCACGAUAAGGCUUUCCACAUCCCCCAGGARGAGGAGGGUGGUAGUGAUARUAAUACUAACWGUGUAGAGUACGAAAGUAGGAACGUCAAAAAACUGGACAUGAGUUUGUUUUCUAAGUUUAAACAGGAAAAACCCGAGCAAGCCCCAGUGCGCAAACCCAUCCAGAAGAAGGAAGAUAGAACAGUCCAAAGUAACGAGGUGGUGACAGUKAGGACUGUCAAAGAAGUGGAGUCAGCACCACAGAAGCUCACCCCAGAGGAGGAGUACGAAUUAAAGCGACGCAGUGUUGGUAAAAUUAAUAAAGACUGGAUGACUCAGAUGUAUCAGCAAGAGUCCAAAGAAACCGAACAACGCCGUAAAGAGACUGAGACGCAAAGGGUGAAACAAGAGCAAUAUGAAAUUGACAAACUUAGAAGUGAAGAGAAUAAACGCCUCCAAAWUGAUAGUGAAGAAGUGUUUGGAAAUGAAUUUAACAGUGUGACUGAAAAGCCUCAGGAUGUCAAGCGACUGGAMAACAGCGUGAUGUCUCCUUUCCAAAAAAGUGGUAAAAGCCCUAACUCUCUCAACAGAAAGAAGAGCAGGGAUGAAGUCAGGGAAGAGCGUAAACUUGCCAGAAAGGAGAGCCGUACUAAGAUGAAACCAGAGGAAGUGUUGUACGUGGAAGAGACAAUUCCAGUUGAAUCAAGUCCCGAAUCUUUUGAUAGUCAACAGAAAGGUAUUGGAAGACUGGACAAAGGAAGAUAUCUGCAGAUGAUGGGAGAUGACAUUGAYGACAARGAGAGACGYAAAAAGCUGUUAGAGGAAGAACGAGUUAGACGAGAACUAGAAGAAAUGGAGCAACAAAGAGAGGAAGAACUAAGAAGACAACAGCAGGACUCCGAUGAUGAGCGAUCSCKCAUUACAGAGACCGAUAAGCCACAGAGUGUGARCAAAAUUGAYCUUUCACAAUUCUCACAGUUCCAACAGAAAGACACUGUUGUUGAAGUUCCAAGGAAGACGUCCAUGAAGMAGUCACCAGAGGUUCCAARGGAGAAUGUACCGGAACGAGAGAUUGUCCAAAGCACAGCUGUAAAAGAAGUCGAAUCCGCUCCAUAUUCAUACUAYGAUGAUGAAAUAGUAGUAGAAGAGAAGCCAAAGACUGUUGGGAAGCUUGACUUUAACAAAAUUACUCAAUCAUUUUCUAACGAGGCAGAAGAGAAGCGAAGGCGUCURAAAGAACUUGAAGAAGAGCGAAUUCGAAGAGAAAAUGAAGAGAGGGAGCUACUUCUGCAAGARCAGARACACCAGACGGACGAUUAUGUCAUAAAAGAGCAGUCAGUCUAUGAAGUUCAAUCAGAACCAACAUACUUUGAAGAUGAAGYAGUUGAACAAGAGCCUCCCAAGAAAAGCGUAGGAAAGCUUGACAUUGGRAAAAUAAGACAGUCUUUCAACGAAGAAGCCGAAGAACGCCGGAGGCGUCAGGAAGAAUUAGACAGAGAAAGAAGGCGUCGUGAAGAGGAAGAAAAAGAGAUUUUGUUGCGAGAAAAACAGCAAAAAAGGAAAGAAAAGUCAGURGAAAAAGUGCARRAUGAAGUCAUUAGAGAAACAGUCACGCAAGAAGUCCAUUCUUCACCAGCCGAYCUUAGUGAAGACCUGAUGUAUGAGGARAAGAGAAAAAGUGUAGGAAAGCUUGACUUCGAAAAGAUUACAAAGUCAUUUGGCGAAGAAGCAGAAGAAAAGAGAAGGCGCCUCGAAACAGAAAGAAUUCRACGCGAAAAGGAAGAAAAGCAGAAACUGGAUCGUGAGMAAAAACCUCUUCGAAAAGAAAARGAASAGACAAGAAUCAUUUAUGAUGAAAGAAAWGAAGUUACAGAACAAGACAGGAAUGUAGURAGAGAAKUACCCUCUCAAUCCCACGAGCUGAACGACGAUCAAAUGUACGAAGAAAAGCGAAAAAGUGUAGGAAGACUUGACUUCAAUAAGAUAACUAAAUCAUUUGGCGARGAAGCCGAAGAGAAAAGACAGCGACUGAGGGCUCUUGAACAAGAACGAAUUCGGCGUGACAAAGAAGAAAAAGAACUGUUGUUACGCGAACAACGUARUGAUGACGAURAUUUCCAGCCUCAACAUCUUCAAAAUGGUGGAACWCAAGAAGAAAAGAGCGUCAGUAAACUCGACAUAGAUAAUAUCGUUCAUUCGUUCCGAGAGGAAGACGAAAUAAGCAGAAAAAGAGCAAUAGAACUUGAACAUGAAAGACGAAGACGCGACGAAGAAGAGAAAUUGAAUUCACGACAGUUAGAACGUGAAAGAGCUCACAAAUCCAUUGCCCUUCGACAAAAUGUUUCACACGAAGUCGAAUCAUCACCAACAGAAGACAUUUUCAGCGUGGAGAAAACUCCAAGCGCUCAGCAAGACCGCGAAAGAAAAAGCAGCAAAUCUGAUCUUGAAAGAAAACACAGCAAAUCUGACUAUGGAAGAAAAGAUAGCACAGGAAGGCAAAGCAACRGCGUAGAACGGUCCAAAACAACAACUUACGGUGAUAAUGAGGAAGACGGCGUUGUUACACAGAACAAAAAGGCUGUAGGCAAAUUGGACUUGCAAAGAUUUUCCCAAUCAUUUGAUCAAGAAACGAGGGAGAGAGAACGACGCAGUAGAGAACUUGAAAUAGAGAGACUACGGUUGGAACGASAGGAAAUGGAAGGAAAAACAGUGAAUCAAACUACUCCAUCAGAAAGGACCGAUGUGAGAAACGAUGUUCAUCAAGAAGAGGARAACGAUGGCAUUGCAUACAGUAGACCAACACCGAAAAAGCUCGACCUCAGUAAGUUUUCAGCUUUCGGCGGUGGUUUGCGCGUCACAAAAGAYGACUCGACUGUGARGCGACGAGAAAAGACCCAAGRACGGCAGACUAGACCGAAAAGCAUAGCGGGAACUUCAUUUAAAGGCGUUGCCAAUGGAGAUGGGUAUCAAUACCGAGAAUACUCAAUAAACUGACGUUAUAGGAUUUAUACUUAACAUAAAAACGUAGGAAUUUAAUAAUAUGAAGACAACACCAAUCGGUAAUAAUUUCAUGAAGACUUCUUCACACGUGUAAAUUAAAAAGUAAAGUCAUUCCAUAAUUGUUUGAAAAAAAUAUUUUGCACAAACGUUGGAUUAUCGAGUUGAUUAGCAUUAGAAUGGAUCUUUAUUGGUAGAGUGCAWACAGUAUUCAUGUGAAAUAGUUGUUGUCAAUUAGUAUAAGAKAAAGRACAAAGGAAWACAAAGCAAAUUUAGCACUCUYUUGUUAGCUACCUUAGGUGAAGUMAAAAAAAAAAMKUGAAAUAGAUAUUACAGGUAGAGUGAUCGCACUUAAACCCUGCAACUGUAGAAAAYCUAAGUAGUAUUAAUUUGURCUAAAAGUGGACCUGAAGCAAGAGGGUAUUGAAUGSUUCAUUUGUAUCAAUUCAAUUUAAUUUGCGUACCGAAUGCACGAUUUACUAAAUGCAACUAAAUAGAACUAUUUAGUUUGUACAGUUGCACGGAUUAAGUGCGAUCACUCUAUAUACCUUAGUACGCUCUAGUUGCAUUGUUAUCAUUUGUUUCUUUUUGACUAUCAAACUUAAAUAGUCAGGYUAUUUUUUAAAGAGUUUAGUCUUUAGAAGGAAAAAAAUGACUUAAAAAUAGAUAUGCACCUUGGUAUGCCCUAAUUGCAUUGCCUUGUCUCUAAACAAUUGAAACCAAAUUUGGCUAUUAAAGUAUGACAAUCAAAUAGACACAAAAGAAAACAAUGCAAUUAGARUGUACUAUGUUGUAKUAGUGUAAUAUUAAUUUCACGAGUUUUUCGACUUCACUUUAGCUAUCUAUUUCACGGGAUAAUUCAAAAUAACCGUGAAAUAGUAUUUCACCAAUACCCCUUAGAGUGCACUCUAAUUGCAUUGAUAUUUUUUGUUUCUUUUUGAUUAUCACACUUUAAAUUUUGUUUCGCGGGUUUAUUCUAUUGUUUGGUCUCUAUCACUUAUAUUGACCACAAGAAAUCAUACAAAAAUAACCAGUUUUAUACAUGAACCACCCUUGUGAAAUAGUCUAAGUAUUGAUAAAAUUUGAUAAAAACUAUUUUGGUUCUAAAAGUAACACAAUUGCAUGCGAGUAACAUACUAUCAUUGCCAACUGUUAGAAUUGAUGUUGAAUUGUUCAAAUUAAAAUUUUCAAUAAAGUCACUAAAAACCAUGUCAAAAAGUAMAAAAUAAACAUGAGAAUAACGUAGAAAACA